GAGGCUGAUUGGCUGGUUGUUUUAGAUAUUCACCUCAUUAGAAAAGUAUUGCAGGAUACCUUUUCAUUUGGGACAGUCACAGUGAGAGAAAAUGUCACCGCCAAAAGAUUUGUGUUUUCAUGUCAUAUUGAUGCUGUCUGCAUUCACUGGAGCAGCUAAUGGAUAUUACUAUUCUCGGUGGGCUACAUGCUUCCACAGCUCCCGUGAUCUCAGUGACAUGGUGCUUGUUGAUAGAUAUAUCUUCAAUAAAGAUGUGUACAUAGAGUUCAACAGUACUGUGGGGGAGUUUGUGGGAUACACGGCACAUGGAGUAUACAACGCAGAGUUACGGAACAAGGAUACCAACUAUCUGCAGCAAGAGCGAGCUGAGGUGGAGAGAUACUGCAAACAUAAUGCUGAAAUCUAUCAGAGUGCUAUCGCUGAUAAAACAGUUCCACCAAAGGUUAAGCUCAGUUCAGUGAAGCAGGCCGGUGGCAGACAUCCAGCUGUGUUGAUGUGCAGUGCUUACCGCUUCUACCCACACUGGAUUCAAGUGACCUGGAUGAAAGAUGAUCAACCUGUGAAGUCUGAUGUGACUGCAACUGAGGAGAUGCCGAAUGGAGACUGGUACUACCAGAUCCACUCCCACCUGGAAUACACUCCCAAAUCUGGAGAGAAGAUCUCCUGUGUGGUGGAUCACGCUGGCUUAACUAAACCCAUCAUCAUAGACUGGGACCCCUCUCUUCCUGAGCCUGAGAGAAAUAAAAUUGCUAUUGGAGCCUCUGGUCUGGUGCUGGGAAUCAUCAUCGCAGCUGCUGGACUCAUUUACUACAAGAAGAAAUCAUCAGGGAGGAUCCUAGUACCAUCCUAAUAAUGGUAUGACUGACUGGACUCAACUCAUUGAUGGAGAACUCACUUAUCAUUUAUGUUUCACUUUUAACAAUUAAACCAUUUUGAAAACUGAAUAACAACAAAUCUAAUAAAUAUGUCUUAUAUUUGUAGCUUUUCAUCAAAUUGCAAUGAUGAUUUAAUGAUGUGUAAAUUCUAGAGAUUACAUAGAGACAUGUAAAUUAUCAUUCAUGCUGGCUUCCUUUCUAGUAAUUAUAUUGGUUAAAUGCAUAGAGUAAAAGAAGUUCAUAAUAUUAGAACACAAUCUUCUAAGUCUCAUAAGAAUGGUAUCAGCCAGGAUCUGGGCCUGAGAAA